AUGAACCAGCGAACCGGCGCGAACGAAAGAACGAAAAGCUUCUCCGUGGCGCCGAAGAUGAACGCGCGAUGGCACGUCGGCCCGGCGUUCGAUCCGCACGAAGAAGAACUUGCGGAGGAAAAGAAGAAGAGGAAUGCGACGAAUGCGAAUACGAGUUUCCCCGGUGGAAGCGGAGGAAACGAAGCACCGAUUAAAUCGGACGGAUUAGAGCGCGAGGAGAUGCACGCGUGGUCUGAUCUGUCGAAACUGUUCAAGACGUUCGCGGCGAUAUGUUUCGUGCUGUUGGUGUUGCCGACGUUGUUCGGGUCGACGCCGCAUAAAAACGCGGCGAGGAAAGUUGGGAGAGCGAGCGUGAGAGCGUCGAGGUACGUUUCGAAACCGUUUAGUAAGAAGAGGUCGUAUUCGUUUCCCGCGCACGACGGCUACGACGAAACGUUGGACGACGCGUACUCCAAUCCGAGAGAGUACGAUAACGCGAUUAAAGAGUACGAGGACGCGAAGAGCGCUUUUGAUAAGUUGGACGAGCAGUUAGGAGAAGGGUCCAUCGAUGAGGUGUUGUCCGAAGACGUGAGGCAGAAAUACGAGGAGGCUUUGUUUAACAAGCAAGCGGCGGAGCUGAAAAGAGAUUUCGAGGAUUCCAUGGAGAAGAAGAAGAAAGAAUGGACCGGGACAAUGAAAGGUGCGAGUUGCGCGGAUAAGACGAGACACUUAUUGGAAUCGUACGUGGAACAUUACUCGUGCAGAUUUGACGCAAAGUACGGAUCGUUAUCGCCGAUGAUGAACUUUCCCGUCGUGAGAGAGGAUUACGAAAACGCAGGCGAGAGGGAGACGAGAGCGUUGGCGACGUCGACGAGCGUCGCGGAUGCAAUCAAGUGGUCGGCCGAGUUAUCCGACGACGAAAAAGAUUCAGACAUGAAGAAACAAAUGAGCGCGGGUGGACUUGCCGUGAGCACAUGGUUGAGAUUUUAUAGCGAAAAGAAGAAAGAGGUGCUCGGAUUGAGAGACGACGGAACGUUGACGUGGGACGUGUUGACGAAGGAAACGAGACGAUACCAACCCAUAGAGAGGUACAAUCCACCACCAGCGCCGGCUCCAGCACCGAGAAAAGCUGCUCAUGUACCGGCCCCAGUUCCGAGACAAGCCGCGUAUGGUAUAGACGUUGCCGUCGUGAAUGAAGGCGCGUUUGCAAAGAUGGAUACGGACGGGGACGGGAGCAUUUCCGUGGACGAAGUUACGAACGCCGCGUUGAAAGGUGAGGUUGAUUUGAAAGAUGGCGUCGUUGAAGAAAUCGUUCAAUCGAAAAGUUAUAAAAAUGCGGCUUUAUCUGCAGAAGAACUGGCAAUGUUAGAUGCGGAAAUGAAAGCGGACGUCGCGCCGAAGAAGAGCAUGUUUUCAAACUUGUUCGGGAGAAGAAAGUUGCUCAAGAAAAAGAAUAAAGACGAUGGUGGUGGUGGUGGUGGAGGAGGAAACUGGGGCGCGAAUCCGAGCGAGUAUAGAUCACCGUUUGACGCGGAAGCGCCGUCUGCAUCGUCUUCCGAGACUGAAUACGACCAACAAACGGUGGAUCCUCUGUAUUUCACAGUGAAUGUCUUUGCGAAUAACUUCCCUGAAAACGUCGCCACGGUCGCCAAAGAAUCGGCGACGCUCAUGCGUGCGCUUCGCUUACCCGGCGUAGCGAGAGUCUUUUCCGGCAACCCGUUCAAAAUGCGCGACGCGAGUCGAAUUACCGAUGAAUACUCCGAGCAAGGUUCGGGCUACUUCUCGUCGCCGGGAGGCAUGAUUUCGUUCGCCACGGCAAAACUCUCCGCGAAUGGUGGUAACGGUUUUGUCAACGCCGAAUUGCGAAGCGAGUGCGAACUUGCCAAUCGAUGCGGCUCGCGAUGGGCAUCCACCCCUAUUUCCACGAACGAAGGUAAAACGGAGUACCAAACCGUCCCGGAUUACGCCGGAGGCGGCAAGUUGCCGGACGUAGUUUCCGUUCCUUCUAUUUCCUACAAGAAAGCUUUAGAAGGUGGAUACCCGUUGUUAUCGAUCGUGGAAGACUCUGACAAAGAUACCUUUAUCCAAGCCGCGGACGAAGCGUUGAAUGAUCGCGCGGUACCCGCGGUGCUCUUUUCCAACGUCAAAACGAACACGUGGCAGUUUGUGGAAGACUUGAAGAAACGCUACAAGAGCGGGUACAACAUUUUUGCCGUCGCUCCAGGUCACGAGCACAACCCGAGACGACCGGUAUUUCUACCCUUGGACGAUCACGCGUUAGCUUGGACGUUUUUCAACGAAUACUAUCCAACUGAAACAUCCGUGGGUGGUACUGCCAUCGCGUUGAUCGUCCGAGACGACGUCUCGAAUUUAGGCUUCAACGACUGGCUCGCGGAGAACAAAAUCGUCGCUUGCGACUGUAACUUGGGCACGUGCGCCGCCGCUACUGGCGUAAAAUACGAAGAGGUGAAAUAUACCAUCGAAAGCUACAAGCCACAGAAAUCGUCGUGGGAGGAAGCGACGAAAACGCAUCAAGCGAAAACCGCGGAAUGGAACAACUACGAUCGCCUCGCGCAGCGCUUGAAAGAGUCGCAAACGGUGGAUUUCCAAGAGCAAUUGGAAGCGGACCAAAAAGCCUUGACGGCGAAAAAAGAGCUCGAACAAGCCGAGAGAGAGUUGAAAGCGGCGAAUGCGGCCAUGAGCGCGGCGAAGAAAUCAGCCGCGGAGAAGAAACGGUCGAUUUGGAACGACGGGUGGGGUGACUUUGACGGCUUUCGACGACGAAAUUUGUUGAAGAAGAAAAAUAAAAAGAAUAGAGGAGACGGCGGAGGAGCGGUAGCGGCAAGAAAUACGUUCGAAACGCCACCGGCGUAUUGCGACAUAGACGAUUACAUCGAUAACGAGGACGACGUUUGGGCGUAA